AUGGAGAUCCAGCACUACUCUCCAAACAGCAUGGUCUGUGCCGACGCGGGCGUUGAAGUCACCAAGGACAAUCAAUUUAUUCACCUUCGACACAGUCACCAGGAUGGCCUGCAGGUCCUCAUAGAAGUUGUUCCUUGCCGCGUCAGGGCUGGUCAUCGGGGGAGCAUAGACGCUGAUGAUGUUGGCGAAUUUGCCUCCUUGAAGAGGCAGGCGGAGGCUCAUCAAGCGAUCAUUGAUGCCCUGCGGCAGUCACAGCAGUCACCCCAUGAGGCCGUUUCGGAUGGCAAAGACGACGCCCGCGUCCUGUAG